AUGGCCGCUUACGAGAGCCAGCCGCUUGGGAGUAUGGACAAGCAGGCUACUUUGGAGUCGCGAGCGCGUGCGACGAGAUCUAUCGACGGAGACGAGAGCGAAGAGUACCAUGAUUCUCUCAGGGGUUACACCAGAGCCGAUCAUGCUGACAUGGAGCGUAUGGGCAAGGUGCAAGAGCUGAAAAGAAAUUAUCGACCGUUGUCAGCAUUGGCCUUCACCGUUAUUCUACAAGGAACAUGGGAAGUUCUUUUGACUGCAACCUACCAAGGUCUCCAAGAUGGAGGUCCAGCAGGUCUUAUUUGGAGUUUCGUCUGGACCUGGUUCGGUUUCAGCACCGUCAUGCUGUCACUCGCAGAGAUGGCGUCGAUGGCACCGACCGCCGGUGGACAAUACCACUGGGUUUCCGAAUUCUCGCCUCCCAGUGUCCAGAAGCCAUUCAGCUACUUCAUCGGCUGGAUGUCAACGUUAUCAUGGCAGGCCGGUACUGCAUCUGGACCUUUCCUUGUCGGUACCUUGAUCCAGUCUUCUGCCACCGUAAUGUACCCAGAGUAUGUGGCUACCAAGUGGCAGGGUACACUCAUGGUUAUCGCCGUAACCUUCUUGGUAUGGGUCCUUAAUAUCUGGGGCGCAAAGGGCAUGCCUAUCUUCCAGAACAUCAUGUUGAUCGUUCACGUUUUUGGUUUCCUGGCCAUCAUCAUCGUCUUCUGGGUUUUGUCACCACGGGCUACUGCUGAAGCAACCUUCACCCAGUUUUACAACGGAGGAGGCUGGAACUCGAAUGGUUUGGCGCUCAUGGUAGGCCAAGUGUCUGCCAUCUAUGCUUGCAUCUGCUCUGACUCCGCAGCCCAUAUGGCCGAGGAGAUCAAAGAUGCUGGCAAGACUGUUCCGCGCGCAAUGAUCGGCGCUUACCUCAUGAAUGGCUCUCUUGGCAUAAUCUUCCUCAUCAGCUACAUGUUCAUGGUUACAGACGUCGAAGCUGCGCUUGAGGGCGACUAUCCCCAUAUGUGGGUCUUUGCGCAAGCCGUAUCAUCUGGUGGUGUGGUAGCCCUUAACGCUAUUCCUACAGUCCUGAUCUUCGCUGGUACUGUGACCUUUAACUUGUCGACAUCGCGUCAGACCUGGGCAUUUGCCAGAGAUAGGGGACUGCCAUUCAGCGACUGGAUCAGCAAGGUAAACCCCAAGUUGGAGGUUCCCGCCAACGCUGUAACCGUUACCUGUGCCAUCACGGUUUUGCUUUCGCUCAUCAACAUCGGCUCGGAUACCGCUUUCAACGCUAUUAUCUCUCUUAAUGUCGUCGCUCUUAUGAUAACCUACAUGUUCUCUAUCGGCGCUGUCCUCUACCGACGUAUCCGCCAUCCCGAACUCCUUCCCAACUGCCGCUGGUCCCUUGGAAAGUGGGGCGUCCCCGUCAACAUCGGUGGUGUCCUGUACUCCACACACGCUUUCUUCUGGUGCUUCUGGCCUGAUUCCACACCUACAACCCUGGAGUUCUUCAACUGGGCUUCCGUCAUGUUUGUUGGCGUAGCCUUUGUAAGUUUGAUCGAUUAUCUCGUUAGAGGACGUAAGCAAUACAAGGGCCCAGUCGUCCUUGUGGAUGGAUACAAGGGGGAAUGA